GUGGCGGUGGUGGUGGUCGUGAUACUCGCUGCUGCUGCUGCUGCUGCUGUUGCUGUUGUGACGAUGACACAGCGUCAUAACACAACGUUCGUCCGUCCGUGCGCGAUUUAACCCGAAUCGUUACGCCAGCGACGUAAAGUGUGGCUUUUUUUUUUGUACGGCGUGCGCGUUCGCGCCAUAUUACCGAUCGAGCGCCGACUACGGGCGACUCGAGCCGAGCGCCGAGUCCGCCGCCGGCGCGAUUAAACUCGCGUAUACGCACAGUCAGUGUCGAGGGAGAUGGCACGCCGUUCGGUCGUGUUGUCAUCGUCGUGAGUUGCGUUCGCGCUGCGUCGUUACGUCGUCGCGCGGAUCUCGCGAUUGUUGCGUGUCCACGUCUCUCGGUUUUUUCGGUGGCGGCGACACGCCAGCGUGUGCCGUUCGCGUAAUGACAUAAUAAUCGCGUGUGCGCGUUUCUUCGUUCGGAGUGCGUGACCGCGACUCGCUCGAGGACGAAGGACGGAGAGAGUAAUGUUGCGUAGUGGCUGUGAGUAGAGCCGCGAGUGUGAUUCCGCGGGACGAGGUGACUGUGUUUGUUGUUGUGACCGCGAGCGGCGGGGGCGAAUCGCAACGGCCUGAAUUGAGCUACGCGACGCAGUUAGGCCGCGCGCCGCGUCGUCAUUGUCGCGACAUCGAGACUGGGGAGAAUCUUCGCGUCGCGACGGGAGCUGCGAACGGGUGGUGCGACGCGACGGCUUCAACGAGCCGUCACCUUGAGAGUCCGAGUCCGAGCGCGCGAGACCUUGCUCGUUCGCGCGCGCUCUCUCUCUCUCUCUCUCUCUCGCUCGCUCGGAGACGUAAUUCCCCGCCGAUAAACAAGCGGCUCGCCUACGCGCGCCGCGCCGGGCCGCCGGCUAUGAGAGUUUCGAGUGAAGUUAGCAGCAGUCGCGACCUUGCUCGACGCCGCUGCCGCCACCGCCACCGUCGCUUCGCGCACGAUCAUGCUACGUAACGACUCGCGACGACGACGCGUGCAACGUUCGCCCGUGCGGCAGAAGGAAUCAGCGUGGAACGUCGCCGUCGUGCCCUUGCAGGACGAAGACUUUUGAAAGAGGCCGAAGGAGGAGGAGGUGGAGGCAGGCAGCAGCAGCGGAGCAGCGCGGAGCGCGACUAUACAACAGGCGGUGGCGGAAACGCGCGCGCGGAAAGCCGGCCGGCCGGCACUCGAGUACCGGCGUGUAGUGUUCCAAUCGCGUUCGCAAGCAUUUUGAGCUGGUGUAUCUCAACAGGAAGAAGGAGAACACGACGGAGCAGCAACGGUGGAGGAGGGAAAGAAGAUAGAGGAACAACGAGUGCCGAAUGCGACGAUAGCCGAUAGAGCCGCCGCCGCGCCGGUUCUCGCGGGAAAGAGGAGAGAGAGAGAGGGAGAGAGAGAGCGAAAGAGCGAGCGAGUGGACUCACGAUCGUCGGAGUGCGCGGCGUCCCGCGCCAUGCCCGGCGCUCCCCGCCGCGUCAAGGAGGUUAGACGGCCAUUGACCGACGGCGGCGAGCAGCAGCAACAGCGGCGACGACGACAGCGUGCACUACGCGCGCCAAGCACGCGCCGGCCUCGAGUACGCGCAACGUAGGGGACAGUUCCCGCCGUUUUUGAAAGGGAGGGACCUCUCCUACCCCCUCCCCCCUCUCCUCCCCUCCACGUUUGAGAUCGAGCGCGAUUCGCACUCGUCGCGCGAGCAAGCCGGCGCGACUGACAUAUAUAUUAUGUCGUGCUACGUGUGCCGCGCGGAGGGACGCAACGGUACGUGGUACAACGGCAUCGGCGAGAGCGCAGCCACCCGUUCGGGACCGGGAGGUGGCUCAUCGUCAUCGUCAUCGUCAUCGUCGAGCGCGUGAGGGAUCGUGAUCCGGCUCGCGCGACGGAGGAUGCGGCAAUACUCGCCGCCGGUGUCUCCACGUAGUAGGCGAGCUACGUGCCACGUCGUGCCAGUGAUGUCGUGGGUGUCGUCAGGGUCAUCCGCAGCGCUGCUGGACCUGGACCAUGGCCGGCAAGCCUGAGCAGCCGUCCACGCUCCCUGCUCCCCUGAGUCACGGCCAUCAGCAUCAGCAUCAUCAUCAUCAUCAUCACCAUCAGCAGCAGCAGCAUCAGCAACAGCAGCAGCAGUCGCAGCCACCGCAACAAUCGCAUCAACAGCAAGCUAUACAGCAGAAUAGCGUUCUAGUGUACGUGUCGGGGGAUAACUUUGCGUACGCCACGGCGGUGGGUCAGAAUGUCGCCGCGACCGCUGCUGCCGCUAUCGCGGUCGGUUAUCAGUCGCAGCCGCAACAGCAACAGCAGCAGACGACGCAGCAGCAGUACGCCGGUAUCUUGCAGGCACCGCAGGUGGCGACGGCGCAGGCGGUCGCGACUACAUUUCCCGCCAAAACCGCCGUAUAUUGCGCCGACGAUACGAACAGCGGCGGCGGCGGCGGCGGUGGAGUCAACGUAGGGAGCAAUGUCGCUGCUGCUACUGCUACCACCACCACCACCCCCGCUAUCGGCUGUUGCCAUCGGCUGAAGCCAUCGCUCGAGACGACGUCGUCGACGACGACGGCAGUAGUGGUCGCGGCCAACACCAGUGGUGCGGAUGGCGGCGAGUCCAGGCAUGCUUCUUCUCUGGCGAGUAACGAGGACGAGGAGGAUUACGCGAUGCUGUACCGACAGGCCAACCUGGGGCACACGGCGACAGCGUGCGCCACGUCGUCGACGACGACGGCGGCGGCGGCGGCGGCGAUGAUGACACGGCACGAGAAUAAGCGAACGUCGGAGAACGGGGAACACUCGACGGUGGUGGACGGCAACGAUCCGAUGCUAUCCGGCGCGAAGGUGUAUCAGACCGCCGCGCGACUCCAGCACGCCGCCGGUGCUGACGCGUACUCCGCGAGGAUGAGUGGCGAAUACAACGCCACGACGAACAAUAGUAGAAUCGUAGUCGCGAAUCCGGGUGACGUCGGCGGUCUCCUCGUCGGUGGCGACGACGACUGCGUCGCGUACGGUACCUCGACGUCCGUCGGCGGUAGUAACGGUAUCGCGCUUCAAAACGCCGGUGAGCAACAGGCGGCGGCGACGGCGGUAGCGGUGACGAGUGUGGACGACAAGAGCCGGCAGCAGCAGCAGCAGGACGGUUUCGAUAGUCAGCAGGCCGCCUCCUCGCAGGCGGUGUCGUCGGUAGCGUUGAGCGCGACAGUGGUCGGUGUUGUUGGUGACGGUAGUGCUGGUGUUAGUGGUGCUGGUGCCGCGACCGGUGGCUGCGAUUCGGUGAGGUCCGACGAGUCGUCGACGGGGACGACUUACAGCAGCCUCAGCAGCCCCGACGAGAGUCAGCAGAGUCUUCAACAGCCGACGGGACAGCACGACGGCGGCAUGCCGGCGAGUAAUAAUCAUCCCGGCGGUGGUAGUGCGUGCGCGCAGCAGGCUGCGCGGCAGCAGCCGCCGUCGCGUGUCAACGGUAGUAACAAUAAUGGUGUGCAGCAUAACGCAGUGGUGUUGACAAUGAACGGUAGUGCGGUGAUGCAGCAGCAGCAGCAGCAACAACAACAACUACAACUGUCAGCGAUCGCCGUGCCACGUGGAUGGAAAAGGAUAUGCACCAACGGGGUCAUCAUUUAUAUCAGUCCAAGCAGCACGGCGCUAGGUUCGCUGGACCAACUGAAGGAAUAUCUGACGACAGUGGGGACCUGCAAAUGCGGCCUCGAGUGCCCGCUCAGACCCGAACAAGUCUUCAACUUCGACCCCAAGGUUGCGACGCGACCUUGGAGCCCGGAUCAGGGCAAGACGCGGGAGAUGACCAAGCUCUGUAACCAUAAGAGGAAACUUCUGCUGCCGGCCGCGGCCGCCAGUCCUGUUGCGUCCUGUACGCCGGCGGUCUCGUCGUCGACUUUAUCUUCAGGCCCGACAACGGCCUCGAUUCAUGCGAACGCCGACUCGCCCACGUCGCCGGAUAAAGCCAGAAAAGAUGGCCUCAGCAAGAAGAAGAAGAGGAAACUAGGAGGCAUAGGCGGCAUUUAUUCCGGCGUCUCAGUUUCGCAACUUCUGGCACAACGGGAGAGAGCUAUUGCUGCGGUUGCGGCAUCUGGAGUUCAAGGUUCACCGGUGCCUAAUGGAUCGCAGGUAUGGCCAAUCGCGAUCCCGAAUCUGCAAGUCCAACAAAACGGACAACAAAUCUGCCAUCAGUCUUUAAAUUCGCCUUCUCAGAAUCAUGACGUGAGCAGUUGUGCAAGAAAUCCUCAGCAGAGGCUAAAUCAACAUAAUAUGUCGGGCAUGCUAAUGAGCAACCCGUUGAUUAUGAAUCAGCAGGGUACAAAUUUCAACAAUAUGACUCAACAGCAGCAGCAACUUUUACAACAGCAACAUCAACAGCUUAUUCUACAACAGCAACAGCAGCAGCAGCAGCAGCAACAACAGCAGCUCAUUCAGCAGCAUAUAUCGCAACAGCAGCAACAGUCACAGCAGUUGUUACCGCAUCAGCAGCAGCUCCAACACAUGCAAAUUUUACAACAACAACAGGAACAACAACAUCAAAAUACUGUAGUAAAUCAAUUAGUGCAACAGCAAACUCCUCAUUAUAUCAAUCAGCUAAAUCAGCAGUCGUUACAUGUAAUGCAACAGCAACAACAGCAUUUGAAUCAACAACAGCAGCAGCAACAACAACAGCAACAACAAAUGCAUUUACAACAAAUCCAAAAACAUAACAUGCAGCAACAGCAUUUAGCUCAAGAAGUGGAUCAACAACAGUCGGCAAAUUACAAUACUCAGCAUUCUGUUGAGAAUUAUGUGCAUCACAUGCAGUCAUCACAAGUGUCGAAUCAACCCGCCCUCCAUCCGCAAUUGCAUCAAAUUCAUCAACAUCAGAUGCAAUCGCAACAGAAUCAGCACGCUGUGCAAUCUCAGUCGACGGAUCACUUCCAAAUGCAGAUUCAGCAACAGCUGCAGCAGCAACAACAACAACAACAGCAUCAACAGCAAAUGUCACAAGUGUGCGUCCAGCCGCAAUAUUCGAACCAACAAUUAAAUCAUCACUCUGUAGAUAUCAUGCAGCAGCAAACUGGUUCCGCCGUCAUGACGAAUAUGAACACUAUUGAUAUUCAGAAUAGGCAUAACCGAGCACCAUCAGUUGACGAAGAUCUAAAUACGAAACAGUUACAACAACAACAGCAGCAGCAACAACAGCAGCAGCAGCAACAGCAACAGCUUUUAUUACACAAUCAUUCGAUGCAGCGGCACCAUGUAGUUCAAAAUGGCGGCGUAUCAAAUAAUCCUCAUGAGAAUGUUCAACGGAUGUACGCUCAGAAUCAAGUACAAUAUCCAGCAAGAAAUUUCGAUCCUACAAAAGUAACGAAUACGGAUGCCAAGGUGGGACAUCAACAGCAGUUUUUGUCUAAUCACACGGGACGAAGCCCGAACGCCAGUCAUGCCGUCGAAGUUCAGCAGUCUGGUAUGGGACCAAACGGGCAGCCCGGCAAUAUGCAUUUCAACAACAGAACACCGCCGUGGCAACAAAAUCGGGCUGCAGUUGCAUCUCAUCAACCGUCCGUCGUCACAGUACAGAACAUUACUUGCAAUUCGUUUGACCGUGUACCACCGCUUCAUCAUCACAUUCCACAGCCUUCCAAUUGGACGGACGAGGCAGCACGGAAAAAGGCGAAAUCAAAUAAAAUAAUAGUGAAGAAACAGCGGCAACAUGGAAUCACGGAGAUGUCCAGAACGAACAAUGGGUUGGAACAUUCGACACCGAGUCCAGUAGAUGAAUUCAACGAGAACAAUCAACAAAAUAAUGGUCAGAUAGGUUCAACUUUCAACAACAGCGGUCCUUCGUUCCUAGAGGAUCCCAGCGGAUACCUCGCUCAGCAAACGGCGCUACUAAACAGCACGAUAUCAAGACAGACCGGUGUUAGUAGUUCUCAAGUGGGCAUGUUAAAUAAUAAUUCGAAAGCAUCGUCUCAGACUAAUCACGGCAUGCAUGUGCCUAACACCUAUAUUCCUCAACCAAAGCCUUCCUCUAUCGCCAGUCCCACGAGUACCUCGUCAUUCGCUUCCGUAAAAAAUCACGCGACCUCGCCAGUUGUUGUACACAGCAGUAUGACACCGACGUCAAGCAGCGGCACUGAUUCUGAAAGCAGUCCAUGUCAAGGGUGCGUUACCAGCGCCGAUACACAGUCCUACAUUCAGGAUCAAUAUAAGCAACAGAUGCAGCGACAGUACCUGAUGCACACGGAUCAACGCGAAGAUCCUGUUACAUCGUCGACGUUCGGCGAACGAUAUCAAACGAAUAAUCAAUCACCAGCUGAUUCCAGACCAAUACAAGGCGGUACUGUAAGCACCAGUCAUGGAUCUCCUAUUGGUACGAAUAGUCCAGCUAAUUCAGAUACGCCGGCAGCCUCGACACCAGGAAUUUCGCAACCGGCGACUCCACAAAGUCUCAUCUCGUCGCAACCGGCUACGCCACAUAGUUAUUCGCAACCACCGACGCCUCAUUCACACGUCUCAGGCCAAAUGCCACAAACACCAACUCCACAAGCGCAACAGCAGUUGUCACAAUCCUUGGUCGGUAGCAUUCAAGAACAAAGAUCGGAAACUCCUAGUUCUGGGACAAUGAGUUCCAGUGGUAUCCCACCUAGCACUUCGCCACCACAGACAUCCUCCUCUGCGUCGGAUAAUUUAAUAUCACAAGUGAAACGGCAAAUAACUAGGCAAAAUUCUCUAGAUGGCUAUCAACCUCAUCCACACACUGUGAAUGCCGUCUCCAGGAUACCCAUGAAUACUUUCGGCGGGACGUCGUCCGUGAUAACAACAAUGGCGAGUGGUCAUACGGUUAGCAGUAAUACGAUUACGUCUGUGUUAGCUGGAAGAGCGAACACGGCCACUGUUUCCAUAAACACACCAUCUGCGAUACCGAAUCCUGCUAUAUCGAGUCUUUUACCAAAUAAACCACAGCAUCAAGCACAAUCGACAACAUUAACAAAUGUGCCGAGUACUUCAAUUACGACUCACUCUAUUCCACUUAGCCAAUCUUCAACGAUGAGUGUAUCUAAAUCACCACUUGAAAUGGUUCAGAGUGUUGUUAGUAGCAUACAAGUACCUCAAACAAGUACGAAUUCGUCAUUGCAACCACAAACGCAGCAACAGCAACAGCAGCAGCAGCAACAGCAGCAACAUCAACCGCAACAACAACAACAACAACAACAUCCUCAAGCCAAUGUUCAAGUUCACAAUGUUCUUACUUCAGGUGGUAUAUUGAAACAUCCUGCGGGAUCGACGUUACCACCUGGUCAUAUAUUGGUAUCUAGUGGCGGUCAACUUAUAAUGGCAAGUACUGGAUCUACAAUUAAUGGCGUGAUGGCACCUCCUCCACCGAAAAUAAUUUCUAAUGCCAAUUCUAUGCCACCGCUGUCGGUGUCGCCGAUGGUUACCAGCGUGACCGGAGCCGUUAGUCAAGUAAUUCCUGCGGUGGGUGUUGCCCAGCAAGUAAUAGGGCAACCCACGGUGCUUGUGAAUACUAUUCAGACUCCGGUAUUGAUUCAACCUGGUGUAAUGACAAUGGACAGUAUAGGCCAGAACGUGCAGAUACCGCAUUUGACGGUUGCUACUGGUAACGUUAUACAAAACACUCAGUCUAUCAUUGACGCAAAUCAGGACGUGUCCAGGACGGUUAAUGCUAAUCAAGGCAUGACGGUGAAUCGACAACCAGCGCUAUUGUCACCAGAAUCGACAAUGACUAAGAAAAAGGCGUAUAAGAAACGAAAAGCAAAUCCACAAACCGUGGCGUCGAUGUUACAUAUCGCCUCGUCCCAACAGAACGCUGGUAUGUUGAUGCAAUCGCAGUCAAAUUUCGCCCAACAAAACUUUCAAACUCAGAGCAUAGGCGGACCCAUGCUUCAAGCACUCACCAUCGUGCCUGGUAAAGGCGGGGCGCCAGCGCAACUUGUGAUGAACGGUCAAACCGGCGCAACGUCCGCGCAAUUUAACGCCCAGCAAAUAAUCACGAAUCCUCAACCAGCUCAACAAAUAAAUCUCCUUCAACCGGUGAACUUAUUGAACGGCGCGACUGGAAUGGUUCAGAACUUUCCUACCAUCCAGCAAUUUAUCGUACCUGGUUUGGGUAGCAUGGUAAUGUCUGCGGAUGGAACAGCUACUUUAUUGCAGGAUACGGGUAACAUCGGGAUGCAGCUUCAGAUACAGAACGUCAAUGGUCAAAACGUCCUGACGCCGGUACAAAGCCAUGGUGGCAUAUUUAAUCCGAGUCAAAGCAUAUUGGCCGCCGGACCAGCUGGUAUGGUCAUAAGGGCACCACAAGCGACCGGUGGAAAAAUAAUUCAACAACACAGUCCGGGCACACAAUUUCUUUCACCGAAUAGCGGGCAGUUUCUAGUGAACGGUACAACAUCCUUCGGGAAUCAACUAAGCCCGAUAGUGGCCAAUGUUAGUCCGAAUCAGCAGGUGACAUUUAACACCUCGCAAGUGAGACCACCGAACAUGCAAGGUCAGCAGGAAUUCAUACAGAUGAAUGGACAAACACUUAUGGUACCUUGCGCAACCGCACAGAACAUCGCCGUUUCUUCGGCGUCGAAUCAACAGAAUACAACCUUUGUUCAACAAAAUACGACGAUUGUACAGCAGCAGACUACCAUGGUCUCAAACAAUCAGAUACCAAAUUUUCAAAGCACAAGUUCUAAUAGCGGACAAACUGUCGAUCCUUCUUUAAAUCUCGAUCACAAUCAAUCAUAUAUCCUGAGUUCCGGUAUGAUCCAGGGUAAAGCGGCGUCAUCUUCUCCAAAGAGCGGCAUAAAUUCACCAUCAUCUGAUCAGAAUGUCGAACAACAGCAAUAUGUGCUCGCCAGUAGUAGCACGACCGUCGUGGAAAAAACUGCUCAACAAAACGAACAGCACAGUCCCUUGAUGGCAAGGCAUUCUGUAUCGACGCAAACUGCAGGGAACCAAACGAACGUUGCGCAAUCGACGAUGAUGCGGCAAGGAUCUCCUCCCGACACGACCACCCACAGUCCAGGAAACAGUCAGAGGUCCAACAGUCCGGCCGUGGACACUACUACACACGGUGCAGCCUCGCCAGCGCCUCCAAUCACCACUAGACAUCACUCAUCGUCCACGCCUAUGGUUCAUUGCGUAUCGAGCAGCGAACCGGAUUCGGGCGACACGCAGGUGGCAUCAGAGGAUUGGAGGAUGCAAGGUAUCGCCACCAAGGAGAUCACGUUGAAUCAACCGAGUCUGCACGGAAAGACCUACGUAGAGUCGACGGUGACAACUGGGAUCCAGGUUGGUACCCACGUAGAGCAGGUCAACCGUCAUCUAACUGUAAUAGACAUGCACCAGCCGGCUGAUACGACACACCCAGAAAACACAUACGCUGACUCACAGGAGCAUAUGGACACAUCAUCACCAAAUCAUUCCAUUAAUUCAGACACAAUGGACCACUCUACCGGGGAAGAUCAACUAAGCGUCAGUAAAGAAAUGACGGACGUUUCUUAUUCGGAGAUCGAGGUUAAUCCGUUGCCAGUCAUAGGUCACGGUCAUUAUCAACCAAUCCUUUAUCAUGGCCAGCACUAUGUCCCCAAUGCGAAUGUUUAUCGACAGCAAGCCUUAGUGCCAGAUCAUGCUCAUUACACUAUGUUGCCGCAAAUUAACGGCAAAUUCAAUGAUAAAUCGUGCAUCGAUAACAGCCGCGGUACUGAAAUCGUGCAGCAUGUCAUGGAGCAAGAUGAGAUCGAGCAAAAUUCCGAAGAGAAAUCAUUGCAACGGCCAAAUACCGGUGUUUCUUAUUGUCCACAGAAUGUUGGCUACCCACAAAAAUUCGUUGGCAUCGGGCCAUCCGGCCUGUAUCCACAUUUGUAUAAUUAUAGGUCUGACCCUAAUGGUAUUGCUGUUGUUAAUUACACACCUAAUAAGCAAGCCUACAUUAAUCCGUAUGUUUACAAUCAAUUCGUAUAUGCGCAAGAAGACGAUGACGCUGAGGAGAGUGACUCGUCAUCGGAUGAGUAGUCGCAUCUUUCUUUUCGGGCUAUAAAAUUGGUUAAUUUUGUAAAUUGAAUUGAAACCGAUAUCAGUGGCAUUAUUAGGUUGCGAUCGGUUUACAUUUGAUAAUAUUAAGUUUGUAAUUAGUUUGUAUUUAAUAAUUUUUACAUCCGCGCUGUAGCGUGAGAGCGCAUACGCUGGUUUAUUCGUAGCGUUAUUAUUUAAAUCGUACAUUAUUGCAAUAAUGUAAUUGUAUUAUUAAUCGUGUGUUGAUCGGAUUAAUCAGGAAAUUACUCCUUUUUAUAUAACAAAACGAAAAAAAUAAAUUUUUGCUAAACAGUA